CUCUCUCCUUUUUUGAAGAGAAAAAAAAAACCCUAGAAGAAAAGAAACAAACAACCCUCGACUUGCCCGGGAACACUCGCCUGGAAACUCAACCCGCAAACACAUGGGGACGAGAGGCUCUGCCAAUCAGGGAACCUUGAGCAGCAGAGCGCGAGAGCUGCGAAUGCCCGGCUGGACGCGGCCUUAACAAAAAGGGGGCUCUUCCUGCAUGUGCAAAACCGGCGGACCAUGGCCGCAGCCGGCGACCAUGACGCCCGGGCAUUGCUCAUCCCCGGCCACUGUGAUGUCCGCGGAUACGGCGCCGUGACGGACGUCCAGGGCGGCUCGGGAGGUAUGGGCACUGCUGAGGACAGCGAGCCCGAUGUUCAGGACGGAGUGAGGCGCAUCGAGGCCGUCGCCCGGACAUGGUCGAGAUGGGGGCUGAUGGUCGCCUACAUGAGCAUCUUCCUUAUGGCUUUCACCAUCUCGCUGGAGGGCCAGGUCACAUACUCCCUUGCCGCGUUUGCGGUCAGCUCGUUCAACAAUCAUUCCCUGCUGUCGACCGUCUAUGUCGUUCAGGGGGUUGUCAACGCCGUCAUCAAACCGCCCAUGGCGAAGCUUGCAGACGUGUUCGGCCGCCUCGAGGCCUUCUGCAUGUCCAUCGUCCUCUGCGUGCUGGGCUACAUCCAGAUGGCCGCCUCUCAGAACGUCCAGACCUACGCUUCCGCCCAGAUCUUGUACUCGGCCGGCUCGACGGGGCUCCAGAUCUUACAGCAAGUUUUCAUCGCCGACACCAGCGACUUCUUGAACCGCGCCCUCCUUUCCAGCCUGCCCGACAGCCCCUUUCUCGUCACCGUGUGGAUCGGUCCCGCCAUCGCCGCCGCCAUCCUGGCCCACUCGACCUGGCGCGUGGGCUACGCCAUCUGGGCCGUCAUCCUUCCCGUCGCCUUCCUCCCGCUCGCUCUCAGCCUAUUUCUGAACGUGCGGAAAGCCGAGCGGAUGGGUCUGCUUAGCAAGAAGCAGCCCCGGGCUGCCGCCGCCGCCGCCGACGGCGAGACCCCACGAGCCGCCGCGAAACGGCUCUUUCGCGACCUUGACGUGGGCGGGACGCUCCUCCUCUCCGGCGGCCUCUCCCUCAUCCUCAUCCCGCUGACGCUAAUCUCGCGCUCGCCCUCCGGAUGGCACGACCCUAAGCUCCUCCUCAUGAUCCUGACGGGCAUCGUCCUCCUCGUACUCUUCCCUUUCUGGGAAGCCCGCGCUCCGCACCCGCUGCUCCCGCUCCAGCUCCUCAGAUCCCGCACCUUCUGCGCCGGCUGCGCCCUCGGCUUCUUCUAUUUCGCCGUCUUUUACAUCGCGGUGCAGCCCUACUUCUACUCGUACCUCCUCGUGGCCCUCAACCUGCCCGUCUCACAGGCGGGGCCCAUCACCCAGACCUUUUCCUUCGCCUCGACGAUCGCCGCACUGGUCGCCUCCCUCCUCAUCCGCCGCAUGUCGGUCCCGCGACCGCGCCCCUUCAUCCUUGCCGGCGCCGCCGUCUACACCGUCGCCAUCACUGUCCUCCUCCACACCCGCACCCGCGCGGCAUCCGUCAUCUCGCUCUUCGCCGCACAGACCGGCCUCGGCGCCGGAGCGGGACUGAUGCACGUCGCCACCCAGUUGGUCGUGCAAAGGGCCGCCACCGACGUGGCUGCCGGGCCCGAGGCGGCCCACGGCCACCCUCACCACCGCCGUCACGGACACGCGCCACAGCAGCGGCAUGUCGGCGUCGCCACGGCCGCCUUCUUGACGCUGGUCCAGGUUGGCGCCGCCGUCGGCGCUGCCGUCUCGGGCGCCGUCUGGGGCCGCCUGGUCCCGGGCAAGCUGCACGCCUACCUACCCGAGGAGGCCAAGGGGGAGGCGAAGCGGAUCUACUCGAGCGUCGUCGUCGCCUGCAGCUACGCGUGGGGCAGCCCGGAGAGGGAGGCCAUCGCGCGAUCGUACCAGGAGACCAUCACGGUGCUGUUGUGGGUGGCGCUGGUGGUGUGUGGGCCGGUGCUGGCGAUGGCGAGCCUGGUGCGCGAUCUGAGGUUGGAUGAUGACGCUCUAAAGGAUGAGGGGAUUUGCGAGGCGGACGGCCAGAGGACGCUGAGCCAGGUAUCGGGGAUCGGGAGGUAAAAGGGAGGAAAGGGGAGGAAAGGGGAGGAAAGGGGGAAAGAAGGGCGGACAACGGGGGGUUGAGCCCCGUUUAUUUUUGUGUUUUUGUGAGCAUA